CCCAAGCGGACGGGCACCCCGCCGUCCAGGUGCUGCUGACCAUGGAGCCCACCCAAGCAGCGGCGGGCCUGGCCGGGGCGCCGCCGCUGGGCGCACCGGCGUCGGAGUUCUACCACGCCAUGGCCGACGAGCUCACCGACCUGGCGAGGCGCACGGCGGAACUCACCUGGACCUGCGACGCCAAGGCGGGCGGCCAGCGGUCGCACGGCGCGCGCGCGACCGUGGCGCCAACUGGGCGCCUCCCGCCGAGGAAGGAGACGGCCAGCGCAGCGGUCAGCGCCGCGGCGGCCCCGGGCGGCAGCGCGCUGCACCUCCCGCCGCAGAGCAGUGGGCUGCCUCGGCAGGGCGGGGCGCUGCCCGGCGCUGCUCGGAGGCCGUCGCCGCGGCCCCUCCCCGCCGAGCUCUCGACGAAGAAGCCGGCGCACCUGGAAGGCGCCCGGCUGCAGGCGCCCGCUGGGCCGCGCGCGGCUGCUCGCCGCCACGGGCCGCAGCCGGGCCAGGGCGGCGUCCUGCGGCAGCCUCGGCCGCGGCAGCUUCGGCUCGGGGCUCCUGGAGCUCCCCGCGCGUACCGGGCGGCUCAGCGCCCACGCGGUGGCGCUUGGCAGCACGAGGGGGCGCCUCCAGCAGAGGCUUGCCCCCCCGGCCCUGCUGAGGAGCAGCCCGGGCCCAACCAGCCGAGCUUCCGCAGUGUGCCCGCCACCCCUGGCGCCGGCACGCCGUCUGCGCGCAGCGAUGCGACCGUGCGCUCCAAGACAUGCAGCUCGGUGCCCAGUGCGCGCCGCGGCGCCUCAUCGCCUGCAGCGCGGAGCGGUGGCCGCCUCUUGAGCGGCGCCCUCCUGGCGUCUCGCACCGGCACGCCGCGGGCUGCAACCUGGGAGUCGCUGGCCCAGGGCAGUGCGGCCUUGGCGCCCUCCCCAGCCGGCCACCGGACGGCGCGCACGGUGGAGGCAGAGGUCAGCCCGUGCAGCGCGGCAGCGCCAGUGCAGAUCGAGGCUGAGGCGGUGGAGCCACAGAGGGCCCUGCUGGAGGCGGUGGUCGACCUGCAGCUCGUCGUCCCAGGGUCGCUGCCAGCGCCAGCCCCCGCCGCACCCGUCGCGGUGGGGCCGCUGACAGGCCCGUGCCUCGCCAGCGAAUCGGCGCUGCGGGCCCCUCCGAGCCGUCCGAUGCUGCGAGGCCUCAUCGCGGACGUCAUUGAUGAAAUGACAGCUUUCUCCUGCCGACCCCCAGCGGAGGUUGUUGGCGGUGUUGAGAUUACGCCAGGCAUUUCAACAGGUGGGCCAACUCGCAGGCCAGAGAGGCGCAGCUCGUUGGACGAGGAUGCCUCGGGGCGGCCGGUGGUCCGCCCUCCCCCGCCCUACGAUGCUGAUAUCCCUGGCCUGCCACCACCAUACGACGACGAGCGCUUGGCCGCGCACCGCAGCACUCCUAUUGCGACGUCGCAGUGGGUGCUGUCGCAGCCGUCGCUCGUCCAGCAGAAGGUGUCAACACGUGAGGCGCAGCUACAGACAUCCCAGCUGGAAAUGUCAACCCGCGAGGCGCAGCUACAGACAUCCCAGCUGGAAAUGUCAACCCGUGAGGCGCAGCUACAGACAUCCCAGCUGGAAGUGUCAACCCGUGAGGCGCAGCUACAGACAUCACAGCUGGAAGUGCCCUUGACCGAGGCGCAGGUUCAGACCUCCCAGCUGGACGCGUCCUCGACACAUGCGCUCACUGGCAGGGUCGGCAGCGCCACGGGGGAUCAGGGCGAGGGCAGCGAAAAGGAACGGCCGGUCGAGGCAGCCCUGCGGCAGCAUGCCGAGGCGGUGCACCAGCAGCUCGCGGCAGCGGCGCAGCACACCGCCUCGCUGCAGACGAGCGUGGCGACCCUGCAGGCCCAGCUGGCAGACCUCGCACUGCGAGGAUCACGUGCUGAGGCGGCUGCCGUGGCUGAGGGCCCGCCGCCAGCGGCAGCCAUGUUGGAGGGCGUUAGGCGACUGGAGCUGCAGAUGGUGCAGAUGAUGGAGAGGCAGGGCUCCGAGCUGCGGCAGCUGCUCGUCCAGAGUGGCGAGCGCGCUGCGGCGGCCACUGCGGCCGCGGCGGCCGCGGCGCCGGCAGCUGGUGGGUCUGCGCCAACCGUGCAUGUACUGCCAAUACUGCAUGUUCAGGCCCCGCCGCAGCCUCCGCCCGCUCCGCCUGACCCACCAGCGCAGAUGGCGCCGGCGGUCCCCACGUUGCCGGCUGCCCAGUACGAGGUGCGGAGGAGCCUCGCGGCGGGGACUCAGACAAGCAUUAUCGAAGAGAGCGUUUGGCCCGAGGGGAGCGCUAGGCCAGACAGCCUGCUGGACGCGAAGGUGUCUAGAUUCACAGAGUAUUUGCUCCAUGGCGCCCCAGGCCGCCCACACCGUACAGACGGCUCGUUCGAGACGCCCGUUUCUGGGAUGCCCCAGCCUGGGACCACGGCCGACAUGCUGCUCAGAAUGCUCCGACCUGUGGCCACGUCGGCUGCCCGCUCGACCCCUUCGUUGCCGCAUGCGUUCACAUCGACAGAGGCCUCGGCUUCCCUGGGCGAGGUCUCUGGCUCCUCUUGGGAGGCGACCUCUGGCGAGGUGCCCUCGGAAGGAUCCGUCUCUCAGUCGGCCUCGCUGGGGCAGGCCGCAUCCCUCGCGGCCUCCUCCCUCGGCGAGAUCGCGGGCGCGGCCUCCUCCCUCGGCGAGGUCGCGGGCGCGGCCUCCUCGCUCGGCGAGGUCGCGGGCGCGGCCUCCUCGCUCGACGAGGUCCCGGGCGCGGCCUCCUCGCUCGGCGAGGUCCUGGGCGCGGC